AUGGAAUAUAUUGCAUUUUUCAUUGAAAUUAAUAAGAUGAGCUUUAUGCCUAGAGAAGUAAUAAUAGCUGCUGCUAAAAGAACUCCAAUAGGCAGUUAUAUGGGCUCGUUAAGCAAAAUCCCAGCAGUUAAUCUUGGUGCAAGCUGUAUCAAGGCAGCAAUUCAGCAAGCCAAUAUAAAGCCAUCUGAUAUCCAAGAAGUAAUGCUUGGAAAUAUGUUUGGAGGACUAGGCCAAGCUCCGGCUCGUCAAGCUUCUAUCUAUGCAGGGCUUCCUUACGAAACCAUCUGUACAGGUAUUAAUAAAGCUUGCUCCUCAGGCAUGAAAUCAGUCACAUUAGCAGCUCAAAGCAUCACUCUAGGCCACGUAGAUGUCAUAAUGGCAGGAGGUAUAGAAAAUAUGAGUCUUGCCCCUUUCUAUAUCGCUGAUUACCGUCCUGGACAUCUUUACGCUGAUUCCACUAUUUUUAACCUCCUUUCCACAGAUGGUGUAUACUGUAAACAUUCAAAAUUAACUAUGGGACUAUGCUCAGAAAAAACCAUUGAAAAAUACGGCAUCACAAGAGAAGAGCAAGACAGUUUCUGCGCCGAGUCUUAUAGAAGAGCUGAAAAAGCAUGGAAAAGAGGGUUUUUUAACAAUGAAAUCGUCCCCAUUGAAGUCCAAGGAAAAGGAGGAAAUGUGACGGUAACCGAAGACGACGAAUAUAAAAAGGUAAAAUAUGACAAAAUCCCUACACUUAAGCCUGUUUUUGAUAAAAAUGGGACUAUUACUGCUGCAAAUGCCUCAGGGUUUAAUGAUGGAGGGUCAACUGCUUUAGUUAUGAGCAUAGACGCAGCUAGAAAGCUUGGAGUAAAGCCUUUAGCUAGAAUUGUAAGCUUCGCUGACGGAGAAACUGAGCCUAUGCACUUUGGAACUGCACCUACACCUUCUAUACAAAUGGCUCUGAAAAGGGCAAAAAUGACAGUUAAUAAUGUUGACUUGUGGGAAAUCAAUGAAAAUUUCAGCUCGAUUGCAAUUGUUAAUAUGAAACUACUUGGGAUAAGCCAUGAUAAGUUAAAUAUCAAUGGAGGAGCAGUUGCACUUGGACACCCAUUUGCAAUGUCAGGCUGCAGGAUCAUUGCAACACUUAUCAAUUCUCUCAGAGAAUCCAAUAAAACGAUUGGAUGCGCUUCUAUAUGCAAUGGAGGUGGCGGUGCGACUUCAAUAAUAAUUGAAUUGAUUAACUAA